CUUAGGCCCUUUCUCCACUGCUCCGAUCCGGCGUCGGAAGCCGGAAUGAGUCACUAAAAAAAUAUCGGAAGGCCGGAUUGCGCUUCUCCACUAUGUCCGAUCCGACAAUAAUCGAUCAGUAAAAAUAAGUCACUCAGUCGCAACGCACGUCGAAUUCACAACGCACAACGAUUCACAAUGGGUCAUGCCUUUAAUCGCCAACAACUUUUAGCUAUAUUGUUAUACGUUCGAAGACAAAGAAGAAAGAAGAGUUGUUGGAUACAUCCUCUGUUGAGGAACAGGUGCCUAGCAGGAACAUUUUAUGUUUCUCAUGAAAUGCUAGUUCAAGAUGAAAGAAAAUUUUACGUUUAUUAUAGAAUGACACCUGCUACGUUCAAUUAUAUUUUAGAACACAUAAAAGAAGCGAUUGCUGGCCAGGACACUAACUUUAGAUGUUGCAUUCCUCCUGCGGAGAUGCUCUCAGUGACUUUGAGAUAUAUGGCAAGUGGAAAUAGCUUCACAGAUUUAUUUUACACCUACAAAAUGGGCAUUGCUACUAUCAGCAACAUUGUUGAUACAGUAUGCUGUGCCAUAUGGGAGAAGUUUGGCAAAUAUGAGUUAACAGUGCCGACAAAUGAAAAAUGGAAAACAAUAGCUGAAGAUUUUGAAGGAAGAGCUCAUUUUCCACACUGUUUAGGUGCUGUGGAUGGAAAACAUAUACGAAUUGAAAAUUUUCCAAACUCUGGUUCAAUGAAUUUAAAUUAUAAGGGGUAUUUCUCCAUUGUACUUAUGGCGGUGGUAGAUUCAAAUUAUAAAUUCAUUUUUGUUGACAUUGGAUCUUAUGGGAAAGAUUGUGAUUCUGCUAUUUUCCAACGCACACAGUUUUACAAAUUGCUUUCUGAGGGUAGACUACAAAUUCCACCACCAUCUUUAUUGCAUCCAAAUCAAAGUGUGAGAACACCCUAUGUUCUAGUUGGAGAUGAAGCUUUUCAGCUUACUCACAAUAUAUUGAGGCCCUACAGUGGAAAUCAGCUUACCAUACAACAGCGUGUAUUCAAUUAUAGAUUAAUACGAGCACGACGAUACGUUGAAUGUGCUUUUGGUAUAUUGGCAAACAAAUGGAGAAUCUUUCACCGCCCUUUGAAUGUUUCCAAAAAACUAGGAAAAAAUAUAGUCAAAGCUUGUGUAGUUUUACACAAUCUUGUUCGUGACCGAGAUGGAUACAGGUCUGCAGAUGGAUAUGUGGCUACUGAAACAGCUUUUGUGGACCUUCCUGAUUCUAAUGUUGUUCAAGGAGGACGGACAGCAAAUGAUAUCAGGAACAACUUUGCUGAAUAUUUUACAAGUCCUGAGGGAUCUUUGCCGUGGCAAAUGUCUAAAAUAUAAAACUAAUCCGUGUAUUUCUCCGAAAACUUAAAUAAAUUGGUGUGUACUUACAUA